GAGCGUGGCCACGCUUUCUCUUGCUAGCAGUGCUCUCUGAGAGACGAAUCGCCCCCUCCCACCUCUUACAGCCCCUGCCAGACGUCAAGAGCAGACAGCAGACAGGGCUCUUCUCUCUCUCUCUCUCUCUCUCUCUCUCUCUCUCUCUCUCGUGUGAGAAAGCCACGAGAGACACUCCUCCACUUUUCCCCCCUUGUCUUCCCUUCUUAUUCUGCUUUUGGCACUUGGAGGGACCAUGCCGGUGGUUGGUGUUGCAUCGAAACUCCGGCAGCCAGCAGUGGGGUCCAAACCCAUCCACACUGCACUGCCCAUUCUUAACCCAGGAAGGAGCAACAUGGCACACGGAUUGUCACCAAGGAGCUCGGAAAUUAAGGGCACAGAUUCUUCCAUGUUGUCCUGUCAACUGUCACUCAAGACAGAUAUCCUGGAUAGGAGGACAACUUUGGUGCCAGCUCCAAAUAUGACUGUGGGACGGAGUAGCAGAGAGGCAGAAGAGAGCAAGAUUUGCAAGAUCUACACUGAUUGGGCAAACCAUUACUUGGCCAAAUCCGGCUGUCCGAGACUCAUUAAGGACUUGACUCAGGACAUACCCGAUGGAGUUCUGCUGGCAGAAAUCAUCCAGAUAAUAGCUAAUGAGAAGGUAGAAGAUAUUAACUGUUGCCCCAAAAGUCACUCUCAAAUGAUUGAGAAUGUGGAGGCUUGUCUGAAUUUCUUAGGGGCCAGAGGCGUCAGUAUCCAAGGGCUCUCUGCUGAAGAGGUGUGUAAUGGGAAUCUGAAGAGCAUUCUGGGUCUGUUCUUCAUCCUGUCACGCUACAAACAGCAACAGGCGCACCAGCAGCAGUAUCUGCAGUCAUUAGUGGAGCUUCAACAGCACGUCACACAUCAGAGCACCGGGGCGGCGCCAGUGAGCCAACACAAAACACAAGACAUGCAGUCCAGUCUCACCGCACGAUAUACAAGUCCGCCAGGUCACAGUGGAAUAGCAGCACCUCAGAAGAAAAACACAAGGUUACCAGGCCCCUCUAGAGUCCCCGCUGCAGGCAGCGGCAGUAGUAGCAGCAGCAGCAGUAAAGCCAACGCUUCCUCAAACCUUAACCGAAGGAGCCAGAGCUUUAACAGCAUCGACAAGAACAAACCACUCCAGUAUGCCAGCGGCAAUGACAGAGAGUCGGUGAAAGGCAUCCCUCUGCCAGGCAGUAUGAACGGCAGUGGCUCGGUGCCCUCCAGCACCAGCGGGCAGCAGCUGGCCUCUGCUUUGCCCUCUCCCACUGCUGGAAAAACCUGGCGUAGCAAGUCCAUGAACAUUAAGCAUAGUGCCACAUCGUCCAUGCUGGCCAGCCCUACUGCCUCCCCCACCCCUCCUUCCUCAUCCGAUCGCCUCCGACCCCCCAUCACAGAUGCCUCUAAAUCAGCCCCUGGCAACCAGCGUUCUAUGCUGGAGAAGUUUCGCCUCAUCAACCCUCGCUCCGCAUCCAGAACCUCGCCCUCUGUGGCCGAGAUGGCUCUGCAGGAGGAGGACGACCUGUCGGAGUGUGGAGAUGAGGGCAUGUGUAGUCCUACGCCACCCUGUGGGAUCGCAAAACAGCAGGGAAAGACGUCCAUGCCCUCCCUUGUGUCCCAGAACAAGAACGUAGCCACCGCGAACAACUGCAAGAACUACAACAAUAAGUCCCUGCCACAGCCCAAAGACAAAGAGGACAAAAACAAGACUAAGAGCAAAGCCAGCACACCACCCAAAGAGGAGCCCGUAAUAGUGGAGCCCACGAAGAAGGUCUCCAAGAUUGCCAGCCUCAUCCCCAAAGGAAACAAAACCUCUGCAGCCUCAGUAAAGAAAGAAAGUGCUAUCCCCGCAUCCAGCGGCAUUCCCAAACCUGGCUUGAAGGCUCCGACCGCGACAACCAAACCACCUGGGACACAACCAAGUGUACCUGCUGCAAGUGUACCCACAACGGGUGGGGAUAAGGCCAAACUUAGCAAAAGUGGUCAGUCUAUGUAUAUGCAGAGAUCUUUGGGGGGGUUAGAAAAUCGUAAGACCAGCAUGGUGUCUUCAACGAGUACUUCAGCACUUUCUGGAACCGCUGUUUCUCAUGGACUAGGUGGAGGUGGGGUACCGGGCAGUAAUGGAGCAGUGCAACUGCCCCAGCAGCAGCAGCACAACCAUCCCAACACAGCAACAGUCGCCCCCUUCAUGUAUAGGACCUACUCAGAAAAUGAUUGCACCACUGUGGUCCCCCCUGAACCGUGUCUCAGUCCCACAAAAGAUCUGGUCUACAGCAAGACUGCCAAACAGUGCCUGGAAGAGAUCUCAGGGGAAGAUCCAGAGACCAGAAGGAUGCGUACGGUGAAGAACAUCGCAGAUCUAAGACAGAAUCUUGAAGAAACCAUGUCUAGUUUACGUGGGACGCAAAUUAGCCACAGUACCCUAGAGACAACAUUCGACACCACAGUAACUACAGAAGUGAAUGGGCGGGGCCUCCCCUCCCUCUCCAGUCGCUCCUCAGCCAUGGCUUGGCGUCUCGGCCAAUCGUCGAGUCCACGUCUGCAAGCCGGUGAUGCACCUAGCUAUGCCCCGCCCAGAUCCACUGCUGGCAACACUGGUCGCUAUGGUGACACCUCAAGGUUGGUGUACACUGCCCCUCUGAGGAGAGCAACCACCUCAGGGGUAAGAGGAUCAGAGCCGGGUGAGAAGGGCGGGAUAGCGGAGGCGGGGCCAGAGGUGGACGUUACCGGAUAUGGGAGUGAUGGAGAAAUACUUGCGAAGAAUGUGCACGCAGAUGACAUCAGUGGGUAUCACACAGACGGAGGUCUUUAUUCUCGGAACGUGGACCUUUAUUCUCGUAAUGCCGGUCGCGCCCCUGAGCUCCCGCCUGCUCGAGAGGUCAUCCAAAAAGGAGUCAAAGAGAUGCAAGGGGAGGACAGCUGGGAUGACAGCAGUUCGGUCAGCAGUGGUUUAAGUGAUACCUUAGACAACAUCGGCACAGACGAUCUGCAUCCAUCCACAUACACGGGCAUCUCAUCCCGCAAGAGCAAAGCAGCACAGUCGAAUAAAGACACGCACAGACACGUCGAGCAGGAUGGAAGUAGCUGGGCCGGUGCUGAAGAUCUGAAGAAGGUUGAUGAGGAGAUUGAGCCAGGGAUGGACCCUUCCUCAAAGUGGAAGACCUCAUCCUCAUCAGGUCAGGGUGAAGAUGUUGGACAGAAGUCAGGUUUAAGCAUGUCCCAAACAGGCUCCUGGAGAAGGGGCAUGAGUGCCCAGGUUGGCAUUACGCCACCGCGGACCAAAGGCACAUCUACCUCCCUUAAAACACCAGGUAAAACAGAUGACGCCAAAGCAUCUGAAAAGGUCAAGGCUCCAUCCAAGAGCCCGACCAUCCAGCGCUCACCAUCAGAUGCGGGAAAGAGCAGCGGAGAUGAGGGGAAGAAGCCACCCUCGGGCAUCGGACGACCGCCCACCACCAGCUCCUUCGGCUUUAAGAAGAUUCCAGGGCCUGCCGGGACCCUCAUUACAGCCAGCGGGGCUACGCUGGCUAGUGGCUCUGCAACAUUAGGAAAAGUACCCAAGUCUGCGGGCAUCGGAAAGGGCACACCCAUCGGCAAUGGCCGGAAGACAAGUCUGGAUGAUGCGCAACACCAGGAUGAUGCUGCAUUGUUAGCCUGUAACAGUUCAAAGGUUCCACUUCAGUAUCGUUCCCUGCCCAGGCCUGCCAAAUCAUCCAGCGGGGGAAGUAGUGUGGUGUGCCGCAGCGGGAAUCGCUCAAGCUCUAGCAGCAUCGAUUCGAACGUCAGCGGAAAGUCAGCUGGAGCUGGGGGAGGAGUGGGAGGAACCACAACCGGAACUAAGAGGAGAGACGCCGGGAAAGUGGGAUCGGGACGCUCGAGUCCCGUAACCGUCAAUCAGACGGAUAAAGAGAAGGUGUCUGGAUCGGAUCAGGAGGGUGCGGGGCUUUCCACAUCUCCCAAAUCCAGCCCCACUUCCACCCAAUCUGGACUCAGACAGCCAGGCUCCAAAUACCCAGACAUCGCAUCCCCCACAUUCCGCAGGUUGUUUGGCAGUAAGGCCAGCAGUAAACCCAGUUCACCCGGCACGCCUGACUCUGGUAAAUGCCCAUCAGCGUUGGGCAGCCCUCAUGGCACACUGGCUCGCCAGGCCAGCCUGGACUCACCCUCCUCAGGAACAGGUAGUCUGGGCAGCAUGGGCGGGCAAAGCGGAGGCAGCAGUCCGCUAUAUGGCAAAACACCCGACCUGGGCACGGACUCCCCGGCCUCUAGUCCAGCUUCGGGUCUGUCCCUGCCCUCCAACGCCCGCCCGUGGCCUCCAAACCUCAGCAGCUCAUCUGCGGGCAGUAAAGACACCCUGAGCUGCCACAGUAUGACCAGUUUACACACUAGCUCAGAGUCCAUCGACCUACCCCUACCACAUCACCAUGGACCAAAGGUCACACGCACGGGUAGCGUCAAAUCCACACUGUCUGAAGGCAUGCCUCUUGACCGAAACACACUCCCCAAAAAGGGACUGAGGUAUCCCCCUUCCUCCAGACAGACGUCACACGAGGAAGGAAAGGAAUGGCUGCGAUCUCACUCCACCGGUGGUUUGCAGGACACAGGAAGUCCACUUUCGCCACCGGGCACAGCCGGCACAAACGCAGGCAAAUACCACUACUCAAACCUGCUGAGUCCCACCAAUGUGCCCCAGUACAAUCUCCCUGGCACCAGUAUGAGUCGCUCUAACAGUAUUCCAGCACAUGACUCUUUCGAGCUCUACGGGGAGGGAAACACUUUGGGCGGAAGUGCCACCUCGCUGGAGGAGCGACCACGCGGCAUGAGUCGAUCUGGCUCUUUUAGAGACAGCACAGAUGAAGUUCAUGGUUCCUCUCUCUCUCUGGUUUCAAGCACGUCAUCUUUAUACUCGGCGGUGCUGGCCUUUUUAGACAAGACGGAGGAAAAGGCUCAUUCUGAGGGCCAAACAGUCCAAAAUACGACGCAAAUCAGAAAACUGCGACGAGAGCUGGACGCUUCCCAAGAAAAAGUAGCGACCCUGACCUCUCAGCUGGCGGCAAAUGCGCACCUUGUGGCGGCAUUUGAAAAGAGUCUGACGAAUAUGACCUGUCGUCUGCAGAGUCUAACCAUGACAGCCGAGCAAAAGGAGUCUGAGCUGGCGGAGUUGAGGGAGACCAUUGAGGCGCUGAAAACUCAAAACACAGACGCACAGACCGCCAUUCAAGUGGCGCUCAACGGACCUGAUCACGUCCAUAGAGCUGCCACUUCUGAUCUGAGGAUCCGUCGACAGCACUCUUCAGACAGCAUGUCCAGUCUUAACAGUGCAGCCAGCCACUCCAGCAUGGGCAGUGCCAAAGACGCAGAUGACAAGAAGAAGAAGAAGAAAAGCUGGGGCAAGGACAGAAGACACAAGGUGGCUGAUUCCAUCCCUGCCCAGUUGCGAAGCUCCUUCAAGCAGGCCUUCAGCAAGAAAAAGACCAGCAAGUCCCAAUCGUCCCAUGAUGAAACCGAGGAGAUGACCGAUUCCUCCCUUCCUUCCUCACCCAAACUACAACACACCAACAGACAGACCAGCACCACACAACCACUGCGAUCCUCACCGUCCACCACAGAAAAGUGUUUAUGUGAUAGCAAGUCCUCCCCCCUUUGGAUGCCAAAGAAAAAGUCAAACGGUCAUGUGGUCUACAAGCACAGAUCUCGAUUGUGUGAAUGUACAGAGGCCGAAGCAGAGAUUAUCCUACAGCUAAAGAAUGAGCUGAGAGAGAAGGAGUUAAAGCUCACAGAUAUCAGACUGGAGGCAUUAAGCUCCGCCCACCACCUCGACCAGAUACGAGAGGCCAUGAACCGCAUGCAGAACGAGAUUGAGUUGCUAAAGGCAGAGAAUGACAGACUCAAAUCAAGCGGAAACACCACGCCAGCUGCCACGCCCGCUAAAACUGCCCGCCCCCCUUCGGAAACCUCCAGCACCUCCUCCUCAUCCUCACGGCAGUCUCUGGGUCUGUCAUUCAACAACCUGAACAUCAGCGACACCAUUAUAUCAGAUCUAUUGGAUGAUGGCUACGAGGGGAACCUACGCAAAGAGGGGAGAAGUGUUCGUAUAGUGGUGACCAUCAUCAGUGACUCCAACAAGACCAAGGCCUUGCAGAAGAAAGAAUAUCUGAUCGGCUCUAUCGGCGUCAGUGGGAAGACCAAGUGGGAUGUGUUGGAUGGCGUAAUACGACGACUAUUUAAGGAGUAUGUGUUCCGUGUCGACCCAUUGACCAGCUUGGGCUUAAAUUCGGAUAGUAUAGUGUGCUACAGGAUGGGGGAGGUGGUCCGAUCUCACGUCUCUGAGGUGCCCGAACUGUUGCCUUGUGGAUACCUGGUGGGCGAUAACAACGUCAUCAAAGUUAGCCUCAAAGGUGUGAAGGAGGGCAGUAUUGAUGACCUGGUAUUCGACACACUGAUCCCUAAACCCAUCAUUCAGCGUUACUUAAAUCUACUGAUGGAGCACCGCAGAAUCAUCCUCUCCGGCCCGAGUGGAACUGGCAAAUCUUACCUAGCCACUAAACUAGCUCACUACAUCAUCUCAAAGACUGGAAGAGAGGUGACCGACACAAACCUGGCCAGCUUUAACGUGGACCAAAAAUCCAGCAAGGAUCUUCGACAGUACCUCUCUAGUCUGGCCGAGCAGUGUAACACGGAGGAGAGUGAGACUGAGCUGCCCACUGUCGUCAUCCUGGAUAACCUUCAUCACAUUGGCUCCCUAAGCGAUAUUUUCAAUGGAUUCCUCAAUUGCAAAUACCACAAAUGCCCAUAUGUCAUAGGAACUAUGAAUCAGGGUGUUUCCUCAUCUCCAAAUCUGGAGUUGCAUCACAACUUCAGGUGGGUGCUGUGUGCCAAUCACACUGAGCCGGUGAAGGGCUUCCUGGGCCGUUUCCUCAGAAGAAAACUGAUUGAGACUGAGAUUGAUAAGAACAUGCGUAGCAACGACCUCAUCAAAAUCAUCGACUGGAUCCCUAAAACCUGGCAACACCUCAAUACCUUUCUAGAGGCUCACAGCUCCUCAGAUGUCACCAUCGGUCCUCGACUGUUCCUGUCUUGUCCGAUGGAUGCGGAUGGUUCACGCGUAUGGUUUACUGAUCUGUGGAACUACUCUCUGGUGCCAUACCUACUGGAAGCAGUACGAGAAGGGCUACAGCUGUAUGGUAAGAGGGCGGCAUGGGAAGACCCAUCCAAAUGGGUGAUUGACACCUAUCCCUGGAGCUCCGCCUCCUUGCAGCACGAAGGCCAAUCACUUCUGCAGCUGAGGCCAGAGGAUGUGGGCUACGACGGUUACAGCUCCUCCAAAGAUGGUGCCACCUCUAAACAAGUAUCUCAGAGCGACACAGAGGGAGACCCCCUGAUGAAUAUGCUAAUGAGGCUACAGGAAGCUGCUAACUACUCCAGCGCCCAAAGCUGCGACAGCGACAGUGCCAGUCACCACGACGACCUGCUGGACUCCUCACUGGAGUCUGCCCUCUAAGCCCCGCCCCAUCAGAGAAGGAAUUCUUCUGAUUGGUUUAAAAACAGAGCAAGGGGUCCACAGGACCGGUGCUUAUGAGAAAAUCCUGCUAGGAGAUUUCACACCUCUAGGGGUAAAAUGAUGCAGCGUCCAGGAUGCAAAUGAGAUGGAAAGGUGCUGGUGGCACACACAAACCACUGAUGUGCGUGUGUGCUUCUUACAUAACUAUUAACUAAACAACUGGAAUUUAAAUCUGUCGGGUUCUGUAGGUGUGACCCAUUUUAAAUGUUUACAGAGGCAGGUGUUUUAAAUCCACUGAGGUGCAAAAACUUUAAGGGCAACAUUCUGAAUUCUGACCUCGGUUAACCUCGGUGCUGCAGUGGUGCCAAAACCAAGUCUGGUUUACAGUCAUCUCGCCAGCGCCACUCAUGAAACGCCUCUAACCGACAAGCACAAAGGUGCGUCGUGUCAUUACCGCUACUGUGAAGUCAUACGCUGAUUUGCAGAUCUCCACCGUUCGAUUCACUGCCGAGCGUGUAGUGACCUAUAGCACUCCUGCAGCGUAGUCUUUCGUUCGAACCCGUGGCUGCUUGUGCAGUACCUUCUCUUUGCAGGUACAUCUUGAGAUAGGAGAGCAUACCAGCGUUGUCAAGUCGAAAAGGCCAGAAAAUGGUGCUUUCUUGCUGCCUUAAAUGUGCUGAGCUCUGAAAACGUGUAAAUGUGGUGCCACUUUGUUGGUACACCAACAUUUUCCUAUGAAUGCCACGUCCACAUAUUUUAUUUUUGUUACAAUUAGUGUGCAAUUGUAAAACGCCAUUAUAAACGGUCCAAAUGUAUAAAGGAUAAAAAAGAUAUGAUAACUUUAUGUAAUCCCAGUUGAGCUGGGAUUCACUCGAAUUGAGAGCACAAACCCGACCCGUCGCUUCGCUAGCAUGCCGUUUUUACUUCGCUAUAUGUGCGUGUGCACGCGGAGACUGUCGAUUUUUUUCUCCAGUGCAGCAGCUGUUGUGUGGUCGAAUUUUACUCAUCCUUUUUUUUUGCUAUGUGGGUUUUGCACAGUUGAAAAGGUGAUUGUAAAUAUCCAAGUCUUGCACAGCCUUUUAAAGAUGCACUCGAUCCAGUCGGUAUUUCGUUUCCUCUGCUCUAGUCUAGCAUUGCGCCUCUUGUGAUUUACAACGAAAAAAGCAACCAGCAACCCGUCCGACCUUUGUAUGUCUUGUAUCUGGUUAUUAAAGACUGUACAGUAAGAGGUGAAGUGUUUUUCAAUUUCAAAAAAUCUUAUUGUCAAAUUACUGUUCAAGAGCGCAAAAUCACUCUUCAAUGUUUUAUCUAUCGAAAAUCCAAACCGUAGGUCAUUUUCAUUUCACUUCGACAACUCCUAUCCUGCAAUUUCUAAAUACAGUGGCCACAGAUGUGACCCCGGACCACAAAACCAGUCAUAAGUAGCAUGGGUAUAUUUUUAACAAUUAGUUUGUAUGGAUCAAAAUUAUUAUAUUUUGUUUCCUACCAUAAAUAUGUAAAAAAAAGUAUGUAAAAUAUGUGUUUAUAAGGACUUCAUUUGGGCAACUUUAAAUGUUAUUUUCUCAAUGGUUUUAUUUUUUUAAACCCCUUAGAUUCCAGAUUUUCAAAUAGUCGUAUCAAGGCCAAAUAUUGUCAUAUACUAACAAACCACACAUCAAUGGAAAGCUUAUUUAUUCAACGUUCAGAUGAUGUAUAAAUCUCAAUAAAAAUAAAAUAAAAAGACCCUUAUGACUGAUUUUGUGGUCCUGGGUCACAAAUGUAUCUGGACAUUUGGGCCACACUUCAUUGCACUUCAAUAACAAAACAUCAAAGUUAGUGGCAAAUUUCACAAAAAUCUAGAUAGAUACUGUUUAAAAUAAAACAAAAAUGACGCUAUUUGGAAACUUGUUGAUUUAAUAUGUUCAAAUGUGAUUAUUCUGCUACAAGCCUAGGUAAACUUAAAACAAUGCUUAAUCGAGUCCUUAAAAAUAACCUAAGACCAGUUAAAAACAAUCGCUGAAAUGCUGAUUUGUGGAUGCCACUUGAUUUGAUAGCAUGUAGUGCAAUGAAAUUCAUAUUAUUUAUUUUAAGUGUUGCUUAAAUGUCAAAAUACUGUAAAUUACUUCUGAUUUCACAACAAAAAAGAAAUGUUUACCCAUUUUACUGUGAAGGACUUUUGUUUAAGAAUAUUUGAAUAUUUUGCACAUGUUUACAGUAACUCAAUCUCUCUUGAAUUGAUUAUACAUCAGUCAGAAGGUACAGUUUAUAACAUACCGUACAAGGUGCUAUAGUUGAAAGCUUUGUUUUUACAUAAGGUAACGUCCAACCGCACCUUUUGACUCAAACUGACCACCAUAUUACUUAAAGUAACAUUUUACUGCCACUGUAGUUUAACACAGCUUUGUUGUUUUUUCCAUCAAUCUUUCUGUUGAUUCAGAAAAGUAAUUCCUCAGCACGACAAUGGUGCUACCGUGCUACAUGUAUAACUUCAAACUCUGUGCCUGUGCCCUAACCUUGAAACAAACACAAAUAGUGAUUGUCCUUGGUACAUCAUAUUUUCCCCAUUUUUGUUUUUUUUUAUUGACCUUGUUAUGGCAAACACAUCUCUUGGUGAGUGCAUAACGUUAAACUACUUUGAAAAUGUUUCUUUCAGGUGGAACAUUUGUUGGUAGAUGUUUUAUAUUUUGUACAUUUGUAAGUAACAUAUCAUGUAAAUAGAAAGAGACCACAAUUUAAAUCAUCUGGGGGAUUUUGUAGUCUUUGUAAAGCCCUAAUAAAUAGUAUUUGGUGUCACCUGA